AUGAUGCUGUGGCUGCUGCUGCUGCAGGUCUGGGCAAGCUGCCUUUGGCUGGGACAGGGCGAGGUGGUGGAAUCCUUUGGAAGCUGUCCACAGUUUUUCUACCAGAACUUCACCCCAGGUAAUGCCCUGACGCCUCCGAAUGCAGCCAAUAUAUGCCAGACCUUAAACAACCAGCAAUUCUUUGCCACCUUGUAUAACAAAGACAAGCGUAUUCCUGUGUACUCUGCUUACAUCUACAAGCGUGAAAGAGGAAAGAGACCUACACUACAAUGGAUGGUGGAGCCCCAGCUGAUACGUUUAAAUUUGUCCAAAAACAUGCAAACAGUGGGGACCCUCAAAAAUAAUACCAAUGUAACAAAAGAGGAGAUCAUGGCUAGUCAGGCUGUCAAUGGAGACUAUGACGGCAGCGGUUGGGACCGCGGCCAUUUGAACCCCAGUGGCCAACACGAAAAUGAGACAAUCAGGAAUGCGACCUUCACCCUCACCAACGCAGUGCCCAUGAACCCAACACUCAACCGAGGCCAGUGGAGAAUCUACGAGCAGCAAACGAUGUACAAUAAAGCUGAGAACUGUUCAACCACUCACGUCAUUGUGGGGGCUGUGCCUGGGAACUCCUCCAUCAACCAGGACAGGGUGAAUAUACCCAACUACAUCUGGGCCGCUGCCUGCUGUGAGACCAACAACAACAACAUGAGUGCUUGGGGAGCCUUUGCCGACAACAACCAGAACCAGUUGCGGAACAUGACUCUGGGGCAGCUGGAGAUUGAACUGGCCAACUUGUAUGGAGUGCAAAAUGUUUCUCUCUUUCAUGGGGGCUGUCCCCGUACAUAA